UGGCUGUCUAUCCGUGCCGCGUUAGCCUGAAACCUAGUUGCAGAAGACCAGAAACAAUUUGUUGCUAGAGGGCAAUUGCGAGCGUCUUUGCUGGGUCUGUCUUUCGUCCAGGAGCUCAAGAGGCACGAAGUCAUCCCGCGGGAGGCACAAGUGGAGAGAAGCGGUGGUCGCUUGCAGAGGAGUUACGAAUUCAGAAGGUUUAUUCAUUUAUCUGUUCCUGUAGAAAUCUGCAGGUAGCUGUUGACUUUGAAUUUAAUUAAGAAAGAAGACCAAAAUUGUUCAUUUGGAUCCAAGGUUUGCCUGUGAUUUCAGCUGUAGGGUUUAUCAACACUGGAAGCAAUAAAGAAAGGAAGAUCAGUGCAGGUCCGUCUCCAGCGGUGACUGUGGUGGCCUUGGAGUGGUGGAAGAUUCCCACUUUCAGCAAGUCUGCACUCAGGAACCAUCAUCUUCCCUCAGUCUGAGUGCCUCUGCCCUCUGUCUGUAUCAUUGACAGAAGUUUUGUGUUCAGAAAGGGAACAGUGUAACUGCUGAACUGACAGUUGACUUAACUCUUGCUACAAAGUUUGUCUCUGAUCCCAUGAAAGUGUCAACAUAUUGACCUGGGACCCUUUGAGAACCAAGGCCAAGACUCUCUAGGGCUUUCCAUACAACUGGGCUUUAACCAUGGCUGGGAAAAGAAACAAGGGCAAAACUGCAAAAAGGGCUGGUGUAGAAGGUAAAACAAAGAGGGAAGCUCUUGGCAGGAAAGCUACUGACAUAGGCAAACCUGUAGCCAAGACCCAGGCCAAAGCAAUGGCCAAGACAGAGGUGAAGGCAAAUGCAGUGGCAGAGGUGAAGGCAGUGUCUAAGAAGAAGAUUGUUAUUGAGAAGAAAGAGAGAGCCCCAGCAAAUUUCAGUCCCAAAGUUGAAAAUGAGGCCACUCAAGUGUCUCGGUGUCGUUCUGUGGCUAAGGUCAGUGCUAAGACCAAGUCCAUGUGUAAAGAUAAGGCUGGUAUUGAUACCUGUGCGGGGGAAGAGACCAAUGUUGGUUCUAGGUUCUGGAAUAGAGAAGAGACUAAUAAUAGUUCCAGUGCCAAGGAUGAAGAUAAAGCUGAUACUGGUCCCCCAUCCUGUGCUGAGAAGUUGAAGCCUGUGGCCAGCGCUAGCUAUAAAGCUACGCCAGGGGCUGAAGAGGAGGAGGAAGAUAAUGUUAUUGGGAACUGGUUUUGGGAUGGAGAUGAAACUAGUUUUGACCCUGAUCCUAAACCUGUGAGCAGAAUAGUUAGGCCCCUGCUUUUGGAUGAAAUCAAUGAAAAAGAUAGGCCCAAGGACUGGUCUGAGGUAACUAUCUGGCCCAAUGCCCCUGCCGUAACUCCAGCAGUGUUAGGAUAUAGAUCUCAAAGCACAUCUGAGACAAAGUCGCAAUAUAUUGUCCUGGGCUCACCUGAGGAAAAAGCUCCUGUUUUGCCUGAGGACCCAGAGGGUUCUAAGAGCAUAGUCUCAUGCUCAGAGCCUCUCCCGGAGCACCCAUUUGGUACUGACCCUUGCAUUCAGACUAUAGAGGAGAUUAGACGCCAAAUCAAGAUCAGGGAGAUGAAUGGGAUUAAGCCAUUUGCUUGUCCUUGCAAAAUGGAAUGUUACAUGAAUUCUGAGGAAUUUGAACAACUGGUUGUCUUACUUGAGUCAACUACUGAUCCUCUCAUUCAUAAAGUAGCUCAAAUUGCAAUGGGGGUCGUUAAGGUUCAUCCAUUUGCCCAAGAUUUCAUUAAUGAGGUGGGUAUAGUGACACUUGUUGAAAGCUUGCUUACUUUUCCUCCCUCUGAUACGAGAAAAAAUGCUGAAAUUACUGUGAAUAACCCUACUGGGGAUGAAAGACUCCGCAGGGUUGAAUUACAUGUUAAACAUAUGUGUAAGGAAACCAUGUGUUUUCCCUUGAACUCACCUGGACAGCAAUCUGGCUUAAAAAUACUGGGGCAACUGACUACUGAUAUGAACCGUCACCAUAUUGUUGCCUGUUAUCUUUCAGAUCUUUUUUAUUUGAUUUCCCAGGGAAAUCGUAAAACCAGAAAUCUUGCUUUGAAAGUACUUUUGAAUAUGUCUGAAAACCCAGUUGCAGCCAGAGACAUGAUCGAUAUAAAGGCAUUGGCAGCGUUAAAACUACUCUUUAACCAGAAAGAAGCAAAAGCCAAUCUCGUUAGUACUGUGGCCAUAUUUAUUAACAUAAAGGAGCAUAUCAGAAAGGGAACAAUUGUAGUUGUCGAUCACUCUAAUUACAAUACACUCAUGGACAUUUUCCGUGAAGUUAAAGCGAUUAUUCAAAAACUGUAAAAUGAACCAGAAAUAGAACACAGAACAAUCUCCAAAUUCUGAUAGGCUGUCUGUUCUCAAAGAGCCUUGCAUAAUAUUUUGUUUGUUACAGUGUUACAGUGUGCACAUUAUAAAUGACAUCUUUAACACUUAUUUGUGGUAGUCUCUAGGUUUGAACUAGACCAUUUUUUUGGAUAACAAGUAUUAUUACAUGAUGAAUUGAAAAUGCUGAUUUUUAUCUUGUGUAGAUGGGGCACUUUUCAACGUUUUACUUAAGAAAUUAGUGAACCAGUUCAUCCUAAGUAAGCUAACUUGUUCAAUAGUAUCUGCUUAGAUCCAUUUGUGGCUUCAAAUGGCAAAAAAAAAAAAAAAAAAGCCUUAAUUUAUAAUCUAGUUGCAGAAGUAAGGCAUAUACACACAAAAAGGUAAUUAACAGAUCAUACUGUAUUUGCACACUCUCAUUGUGAAAUGUACGCUCUCAACAUGAAGGUAGGUGUUUCUAUGUUUAAUAUGAGUUCAUUUUCCUCCUAUUCUGCCUACAUCAUAUAGCAUAUUCUACAACCCAGAAAUGGCCCCGAAUCCUAGUUAAAUGUAAGAUUCACUUUUAAAUGUCACUACUACAUUUAUAACUCAUUGUUAGGCUAUUUCAUUAUGUCAAGGUCAUUUCACAGAAGAGAAAGGAGGUAGGUAUAAGGAGGAAACAUUUGCUGAGUACCUGCUCUUAUGUCAGGCAAUGUGUUGGCACUAUACAGUUUUUUCCCCUCUUUUGGCAAUGGUCCUGUGAGUCUAGGUACUGGUAGUUAUUUCUUUUUUAUAUAACUCAUUGUGGAUCAUCUCCAAUGAGAAUUGGGGAGGUUAAAUACUUUUUGCCUAGAUUCCCAUAGAGGUUGUUCUAUUUUAAAAAACCCAACAUUUAAUAUGCUACCUUACAGUCCUCACUUUUUUAGGUGGUGGUAUUGAAGGCUCAGAGACUGGUUUUAAAGAUUCAUUUAAACAGUUUAACACAAGAUCAUACUGUAAAUUAAUUUUUAUAACUUUCUUUCCCCCCACUAUCUGUAUAUUGUGAAUAUCUUUGCAUGUCAAUAAAUGUAACUGCAACAUAUUUUUGAAUCACUCAA